AUGCCGUCUCCAUUGAGUAAUGCUGUGCCUAGUACCAAAGCUCCGUCAGGAGGUUAUACUGGUUGGAAUCUUACUAAGCUCAACCCUUGUCCCCUAAAUGCUUAUUGCUUAGGUUGGGGCUUCUGUGGCACCACAGAUAAAUUCUGUACCGAUGGCAAAAAUGGAUGUAUCUCCAACUGUGGCAUAGAUAUCGUCAACAAUGAUGACGCUCUGGACAAUUUCUACCAUGUUGCUUACUUUAAAGUCUUCAACCUCAAGCGCGAGUGUCUGAAUAUGGACGUUAAUAAAAUCAGCGAUACAUCCUUGACCCAUGUGCACUUCGCGUUUGCUGGAUUGACUGCUGAUUUUGAUAUUUCCUUUAACACCGAUAAGUACGAAUCGCAGUUUGAAAAAUUCCGUUACCGUGAUGUCGUUAAGUCUGGAAAUCGUGAGAAGUUUGCUAAGAAUAUCAAGGCGUUCUUUGAGAAAUAUGAUGGACUAGACGGUAUCGACUUUGACUGGGAGUAUCCUGGAGCCACUGAUAUCCCUGGCGUACCUGCAGGUUCCGAUAGUGACGACGAUAAUUACCUUAGUUUCUUGAAGUUGAUGAAGAGCACCAUUAAUUAUAAUAAUGCCUACGCAGAUAAGGGCUGCCCCAGCGGAGACUGUCUUCGAUCGCAUGUCAAUAAGACCGAGACUAUAAACUCUCUUGCGAUGAUCACUAAGGCUGGUGUGCCUGCAAGCAAGAUUUUUGUUGGAGUUUCAAGCUACGGUCGUAGCUUUGGUAUGGUCGACCUAACCUGUACUGGUCCUAUGUGUAAAUACGGUGGCGGUUUUGAUGUUUCCACUACCGAGGCUGGAACUUAUACCAACACUUCUGGCUAUAUCUUAAACGCCGAGCUUAAUCUUAUCAUACAAGGUGUGGACUCGAAUGCUACUAAUUAUAAGGGCCGCACGUGGUAUGAUGAGGAUUCCGCUUCAGAUAUAAUGGUCUAUGGUACUAAAGGCGAAAUCACUACUUGGGUGGCAUAUAUGUCCGAUGACACUAAGGAGGCACGCAUUGAUUGGGUUAAAGGACUUAACUUUGGAGGCGUCACUGAUUGGGCUAUCGACCUUCAAAAAUUGAACUUGGGUGUUGACCCUGACUCCGAUGAAGCUUAG